GUGAAAAGAAAGCGGUACGCUGCGGAUCUGUUUCAUAAGAAAGAAGCUUAAGUUUCAGAAGUUGCUUGUCGGCAUUGACAACUUUUCGAAUAUGGCUACGCCGCCUAAAAGAAUGUGUUAUAGUCCAAUUCUUGAUAGCAGCUUCCACAAACGGUCAAAGAAACUUUCAAUCGAAGGAAAUAUUGCUGCAGGUAAAUCAACUUUUGUUCGCAUCUUGGAAAAGGCUAGCGACGAAUGGGAAGUUGUUCCAGAGCCCAUUGCGAAAUGGUGUAAUGUUCAAAACUCUGAAGGCGAACAUGAGGAGCUGUCUACAUCUCAAAAAAGUGGAGGAAAUCUACUUCAGAUGUUGUAUGACAAACCCUCUAGAUGGGCUUACACAUUUCAAACAUAUGCUUGCCUUAGCAGAGUAAAGGCACAGCUUAAGCCUGUUUCUGGUAAAUUACGUGAAGCUGAUCACCCAGUGCAGUUUUUUGAAAGAUCUGUGUACAGUGACAGAUAUGUAUUUGCUUCAAGCUUGUUUGAAUCUGGAAGCAUCAGUGAAACUGAAUGGGCUAUAUAUCAAGAUUGGCACACUUGGCUACUCAAUUCAUUUGAAAGUGAAAUAGAAUUGGAUGGUAUAAUCUACCUCAGAGCUACCCCAGAGAAAUGCAUGGGCAGAUUGCAUGUUCGUGGUAGAGAAGAGGAACAAGGAAUUGAGUUGGAGUACUUGAAAUCCUUACAUUACAAACACGAGAAGUGGCUUUAUGACAGAACUAUGCAUGUUGAUUUUAAGCCCCUUAGCCAUAUACCAGUUCUGGUUUUGGAUGCAAACGAAGACUUUAAAAAUGAUAAAAUAAGACAAGAAUCGCUUAUGGACAAAGUCAAGGACUUCUUGAUUUCGUUAUAACGCUGAAAUGUCUGAAAUCCACUACAACAUUUUUGUAAUACAAGACUAAUAGUCUUUUCAUUGUGCAUAUAUAUUCCAGUGUGUUAUUGGGGAAGGAAUUGCAGAGCUGCCAUCAAUGCCUAUUUCUAAUACCCAACAGUAGGUAUAACUGAGUUUGUUUAAAUACUACACCUUCUAAGAAGGUUAUUUUUUAUAAUUCCUCUUGUAUACCAGUCAUUUAUUUAAAUAUAAUCAUUUUCAAAUAAGAUUUUUAAAUAAGAUUUGCAUUGAAAAUGUACAAUUUAUUAAAAGCCCAUGACUUAUUCCUGAAUCGGGUACAGAUUCCAUUUUUAUGACAGAAUAGUCUGACAAACAGAUCUAAUUUGCAGGCAUUAACCAAUGUGGCAUUUUAGUCUAGCAAUAUUCUAACACUAUGUAAAUACAUUGUCCUUUUUAAAAACCGACAAGAAAACUGAUUAAUGGGAGCUACUUUAUGUAUUUUAAGUAUAAUUCUAAAUAUGAGCCAAGCUGCAUUAGUGAUACUGUUUGAUCUAAAGGGGCAAAUAAGUGUUGCUUAAUCGAAUUUUCUAGCCCCAUCUAGGGUAAAAGGUAGCAAAAAGGUGAACAGGUGAAAAAGACAAUGACCACCUCCUUUUUAGGAGAAUCUAUGCUAUUCAAACUAGUAUCUAUUAUCUAUACUAUCUAGUCCAUGGUAGACUUUCUUUUUUCCUAAAUUGAAUUUGAUGGCAGUGAAGAAACAUUUGGACGGAAACAUGCCUUAAUGUGACUACUGGCAUAGAUGCUUUACGUUGGGAACACAUCUACUCCAACUGUAAGAAUGUGUACAACAUGGCAAACUGUUGGCGUAGCGCUACAAAAAUACACUACACAAUUGGUAAUAUUUGCUGUGCUGAUAAGAGCCUUUUGACACAUUUAGUCUACAUUCUUUUCUUACUCGAAAAAGAAAUAAGAAAAAAGACUUAAUCUUACGUGGGCCUUGUCUAUGUUCUAGGCAGCCUUAUGUUAUCCCAUGUAUGCUUCUACUGUGAUAUGACUGAACUCUUGUACACAAUGUAUUUAUAAAUGGUCAUGUAAAAAAUCCUCUUCCAUUGAUAAAUUUUUAUUGAGAAAUAAAGAUAUGUUUGAUCUUCUCUAAAAGUGAAAGUCUCACAAAAAUAAGUGCCAAAACGCCAGAAGGUUUCUUGCCGUUCAGCUAAAUUGGGAUCAGCUUCUAAGAAAAGUCUUGUUUUGCUUAUUUCAACAAAGGCAUUCAGAAAGGAAUCUAGCACCUGUCUCAUGAACCUCAAAUGUUAAUGAAAUUGUACUACUGUGUCCUAUAUUUCUGCUUUCUAAAACAUGUAACAAUAAGGUUAUAAAAGAAGGUAUUAAACUUAUGUAUAACAA